AUUUAAACACAAGGCUUCAUUGUGCUAUUUCAUACUUGUGGCUCAAGAAAGAGGUAAUUACGUUUUGAGCUGAAAAAAAAAACACAAGAUGGAAUGUUGUGACCAAAAAAGGUUUGACAAAUUGAAACCUUUCAUAGCUGUAGUGUUCUUGCAAUUUGGUUAUGCUGGUAUGGAUGUCCUAUCGAAAGCUGCACUUAACAAAGGAAUGAGCAAUUAUGUACUCGUCGUUUAUCGCCACGCUGUUGCCUUCAUUGUCAUUGCGCCUUUUGCGCUGAUCUUGGAAAAGAAAGUAAGGCCAAAGAUGACAUUUUCAAUCUUUAUGAAGCUAGUGACUCUGGCUGUUUUAGAGCCAGUUAUUGAUCAGAAUUUGUAUUUUUUGGGAAUGAAGUAUACAACAGCAACUUUUGCAGUUGCUAUGAUCAAUGUCCUUCCUGCCAUUACCUUUGUCAUGGCUUGUAUUCUCAAACUUGAGAAGAUAAAAAUGAAAAGCACACAUAGUCAAGCAAAGGUGGUUGGGACAUUAGCCACUGUUUUAGGUGCCAUGGUUAUGACAUUGUUAAAAGGCCCAAUACUUAAUGUUUUUGGGAUACAUGGAAGUAGCACCCAAAUCCAACAUAAUGCUGGUGCAAAUCUUCAACAUCCAAUAAAGGGAUCAAUUAUGAUCACAAUUGGCUGUUUUAGUUGUGCUUGCUUCAUGAUUCUCCAAGCUAUUACUCUUGAAACCUAUCCUGCUGAGCUAUCUCUUACAGCAUGGAUAUGUCUAUUAGGAACAGUUGAAGGUGGCAUAGUAGCUUUGAUUAUGGAAAGAGGUGAACCUUCGGUUUGGUCUUUGAAUUGGGAUACAAAAUUGUUGGCUGCGGUUUAUAGUGGUAUAGUUUGUUCAGGAAUGGCCUAUUACAUUCAAGGAGCAUUGAUGAGAUAUAGAGGUCCAGUUUUUGUUACAACUUUCAAUCCCCUUUGCAUGGUCAUCGUAGCUAUCAUGGGUUCCUUCUUUUUGGCUGAGAAAAUUUACCUUGGAAGGGUGAUUGGUGCUGUUGUAAUUAUUUUUGGACUGUAUUUAGUGGUAUGGGGUAAAAGUAAAGAUUAUGACUCACCAAGUCCAAUUAUAAAAGAUGAUAUAUUAUCAUCUAAGCAAACUGCAGAGAGCAACGACAAAGAGGUGCAUCCUAAUCAUGAGGUCAUUACUAGCAUUAACUUUGGUGCAGGAAACAACAUUGCUCGAGAUGAACAAGUUUGAGGAAUAAAAUUUUUUCCAGUUUGAUUCAAUUAGCUAGCUGUCCAAAUGCCUAUUUAACAACUACAACAACUAUAUAUAUAGGUUUUGGAUUAUGAAUGUAAUAGUCAAUGUUUUUGAUGUAACAGUUUGGUUUGUCAAUUAGACAACAAAAUUGCUAAUGACUAAUCAAAAAGGUUGGAGAUAUAUUCCAAUUAAUCAAAUGCCACCUUCAUUCA